AUGCGCAGCUCUUCUCGAUUUGAUCAAGAUGAUGAGACCAAACGAAAGCUUGGCAAAAAAAAGGAUAAAAAGUUACAGGAUACGCAGCAGAUAAUCAAUGUGGACCUCAUGCUGGAAAUGACGUCUUCAUUAGCUGCUUUGGCUCCAGUCAUUGAAAGGGAAAAGAAGGAACACCACUACAUAAAUAUGACAUUACCAGUUGAUGUUGUUGUAUCUGUUUCUCCAGAAGAGCCAUGGGGAAAGGUACAAAAUCUCCUAGUGAAAGCAAUUCAUGGGCAAUUAACUGACAUGGAAAGAUGUAUCAUGAAAUAUGUGAAAGGAACAUCAAUUGUGGUACCAGAACAAUUUCAUUUCAUGUUACCAGGAAAAAAUCACCUCGUAACAGUCUCAUAUCCUACGGGUAUUUCAGAUGAUCAGCUGGAAAGUUACAGAAAGGAAUUGCAUGGGUUAUACAAUCUGCCUUGUGACAGACCAUAUUUCAAGAGAGCAAAUGCUUAUCAUUUUCCAGAUGAACCAUAUAAAGAUGGAUAUCUCAGAAAUCCACAUUUACAUCUUAGUUCACCUGGCAUGGAGUCUGGUAUGGUUUAUUUAGUACAAGGUGUAUACAGUUACCACCACUACAUGCAGGACCGUGUGGAUGACAGCGGCUGGGGCUGUGCCUAUCGCUCUUUGCAGACAAUCUGCUCCUGGUUCAAGCACCAAGGCUACAUGGAUAGACCUAUACCAACACACAAGGAAAUUCAACAGGCACUGGUUGAUGCUGGAGACAAGCCCGCAGCAUUUGUUGGGUCACGGCAAUGGAUUGGUUCGAUUGAGGUACAGCUUGUUUUGAAUCAGCUUUUUGGAAUAACAUCCAAAAUAUUAUUUGUCAGCCAGGGUUCUGAGCUAGCAUUGCAGGGAAGAGAACUUGCUAAUCAUUUCAAGACUGAGGGAACUCCAAUUAUGAUUGGUGGAGGUGUUUUGGCUCACACGAUAUUGGGAGUGGCUUGGAAUGAGACUACAGGGCACAUUAAAUACUUGAUUCUAGACCCACAUUACACUGGAGGAGAAGAUCUGCAUGUUAUUUUGGAAAAGGGCUGGUGUGGAUGGAAGGGCCCGGAGUUUUGGAACAAGGACGCCUAUUACAAUCUGUGCCUACCUCAACGACCAAAGGCUAUUUAAAUUCAUCUCAUGCUGAAUGCGCUGAGACAGAAUAGUAGCUGAUCUAGAUAAAACUGUCCUGUUAUUUAUCAAAAUAAUGCUUCAAGUCAAUCAAAACCCAGGUGAAAUAGAAAUGUUGGUUGAAUGACUUAAAUUAAGAAACUAUUCUUUUUUAAAUGAAACCUCUAGAAAUAAGUUACCUGCUUUGAACUGUAUUCCUUACAAAUGCAUUUAUUAGGCAACAAAUACUCUGUACUUUUCCAUAGCACAACUUUAGGUUUAUAUAGUAUUUCCUCUUCUGCUAGAAUCUCUAUAGAUUAAAUGCCAAAUCCGUU